CUUAAUCAAUUCUGCAUGUGUAUAUACUAUAGUAAAUGUGAGUUAAUAUGGGUGAAUCUGAGCAAAACCUUUUGUCCUGCACUUUACAGAAAGUGAUGCAAAAUAGAAGAAUUUAACAAUGGCUCCACAUCCUGUCAUGCAAGCCAUCAUUGAUCUGUCAGCUGGAGCAUGUGGUGGGAUUGCGUGUGUGUUAAGCGGGCAGCCCUUCGAUACAGCCAAGGUGAAAAUGCAGACUUUCCCUGGCUUGUACAGAGGCUUUGUCCACUGCUUCGUCUCAGUAUACAAACAGGUUGGACUGCGAGGGCUCUAUCAGGGCACCACACCUGCCCUCAUAGCCAACAUUGCUGAAAACGCUGUGCUCUUUAUGAGUUACGGCUUCUGCCAGAAUGUUGUCCGCUUUGUUUCGGGAUUGGACCAAGGCACAGAUCUCAGCACAGUGUGGUCUGUUGUGAGAAAUGUGCUACGGACAAAUGGUCCUCUGGGUUUCUAUCAGGGUCUCACCACCACUAUAGUCCGUGAGGUACCUGGAUACUUCUGUUUCUUUGGAGGAUAUGAACUCAGCCGCUCAAUGUUUGCCCAACACAUGGGCAGAGACAAAGAGCACAUAGGUGUUGUGCCAUUGAUGUUCAGCGGUGGUUUUGGCGGUGCCUGUCUGUGGUUGGUUGUGUACCCCAUAGACUGUGUGAAGUCUCGCAUCCAGGUUCUGUCUUUAGCCGGGAAACAGGAAGGCUUCCUCAAGACUCUUAUGGGGAUUUUACGAAAUGAGGGAGUGGCGCCUCUGUAUUCCGGUUUGACCCCAACUAUGAUCCGAACAUUUCCUGCCAAUGGAACGCUCUUUUUAGCAUAUGAAGUCAGCCGCAAGAUAAUGAUGCAACAGUUUGAACAAUGAGUCCAGUCUGCAAGAUUCUCUGAAAGAUUCAACUUUUAAGACCAAUGACUUAUCAUCCAUAUCUGCUGGUCACAUGUUAGCAAACAGGGAAAGCAAUUUAUUUAGUUAAAUCUUCAUUCUUCCAGGAAGUAGCUGAUGUUAUAAAAAUGUUACAAUUCAUUUUGCAUUACUCAACUUAAAUAAUUGUUUUAAAUAUAUUCAUAUAAUACCAGUUCUAUUAGUUAGUGGGCAUACUGGAUUGUGUGAUAUCAUAGGCAGCAAUACUACUGAAUACAGUAUGCAGUACAGGAGACAACACAUAAUGUCAUAAUGCCAAGAAAAGUUUUUCCAUUUAUAUAUAGGUAUAUAUAUCUACCGUUUACACACAGCCUGUCUCUGUGGUGAGUUGCUCUUGAUUACAUGUGACUCUCAAGACCACUGUUGCCUUAUUAAUGAGGUCUUGGUAUACACAUAUCUGAACUACUUUGAAGGCUGAAAAGACCUAUGUUUGACAAAUG